UCAGAUUAAAAGCAGCACACAGUUCUAAAUCACAACCAUGCCAUCUCUCCCCUCUCCUCCUUCAAAUUUCAAAUCCCUAACAUAUACCCAACCCUCCACCACCCCACACCUAACCCACCAACCCUUAACUCCCCCCUCUCCAAACGAACUCCUUAUUAAAGUCAAAGCGGCGGCGAUAAAUCCCGUGGAUCUCCAGCUCUGGGGAAACCCGUUGAUAGGGUGGCUGGCAGGCAAGAAAGAGAAAGGGAUAGGACGGGAUUACUCGGGGACGAUUGUAGGGGUGGGGAGUGAGUUAAAGGGGAAGUGGGAGGAGGGAGUGGAUGUUUUCGGACUGUUUAGUCGACCGACCGGCGGCGGCACUUUCAGCCAAUACAUCAAAGUCACUUCCGCCGAUCCCAUCUGCAAAAAGCCCACGUGCUGGUCUCACCAAGAAGCCGCGGCCGUCCCACUAGUCACUCUCACCGCAUUUGCAUGUCUAGACUGGUUACCACCCGAAAAUAAAGUCGAUGGGAAACGUCGCGUGGUUGUAGCUGGUGCAAGUGGAGGCGUAGGAAUGUGGUGUGUGCAAUUAGCCAAGAAACUAUACAAUUGCCAUGUAACUGGCAUCUGCUCCAGCAAAAACGCAGACUUCGUGCGUCGCAUGGGAGCGGAUGAAAUCAUCGACUACACUACCCAAGACGUUGCUCAAACUCUCCUCAGUAAUUUGCCUAACGGUAGGAAAUUUGAUGAGUAUAUUGAUUGUGUUGGUGGGACGGAGAUGUUCAGUUACUGGCAUGACCUCCUCCACCGUUCUGGCGCUUAUAUAACCAUCGUCGGCGACAAAACCUCGCGAACCUCGAUGGGCGGCCCAGCCACCUACUUCACCUACCCAUCACAAGUAUUACGGUAUCUGCAAGGUUGGAUAUUCGGCCCUCGGUACGCAAACGUAUUGCUGUACUCUAAAAGUGGGCUAUUGGAGCAGAUUGCUGAUUUAGCGGGAAAGGGGAACGUUGAGGUGGUGGUGCAGGAGGUGGUGAAAGGGGUGUUGAAUGAAGGGAGUCUAGCUUGGAAAAAGAUUUUUGAGUUCAUGGAAGGAGGGAGGGUUAGAGGGAAGAUUGUUAUUAAUAUAGAGUAG